GAUGAUCUCCAGAGGUCCCAUCCAACCUAAACAAUUCUGUGAACAGGAAUUUGAUACAAAAGGAUGCUUAGUGUAGCAAGCAAUGUUUAACCAGCUCUAGUUGACAUUUGGAAGACUCAGGUAAAAAAUAAGGUGCUUUUUAUUAACCAGUCAGUGGAAUUAGCCAUUGAGGCAACUUGCCAAAGUAUGAAUUAAUGUAUCAUGGCCUUCUUUUUAAUGUGGGAUUAAUGCUUUAUUAAGUAACCAGCUCUAGUUUAAGUACUUCAUUUGGCCUAUGUUAUGCAUAGAGUUCACAUGUCUUCUGGCUUCACCUUUUAUGAACAUAAGUGCUGAUCACCCAAACUACCUUGCAGAGAAGACCUGUCAUAAAGCAGGAUUAAGAAAGGCAGAUAGUUUGACUUGAAAACCCCAAAUUGUGCAGAGUUAUCACUUCCUUUGUUAGUUUAAUUUUUCCUCUACUGAGCUAUUCCUAGUGGCCAUUGUCAAAUUCAGUAUGGUAGAGUCGGGAUUGCAUUCAAAUGUGAUAUAUUUCUUUACUCUGUGAAUCUUACUUUUUCAGGAUUUUUAAGUCUGCUAAAGUCUCAUGUUCUGCAGUGACAUGGGGUAUCACAGGCCAGAUCGGGAGCGUUCACUAAUGAAAAGAGCAAUGCUUUUCAACUUCUGGGACACAGCUGGACAAGAGAGGUUCCAGGGCAUGCAUGCAUCCUAUUACCAUAAGGCUCAUGCUUGUAUCAUGGUAUUUGAUGUGCAGCGGAAAGUCACCUACAAGAACUUGAGCAACUGGUACAAGGAGCUGAGAGAGUUCCGCCCGGAGAUUCCUUGCAUUGUGGUGGCCAACAAAAUUGAUGCGGAUAUGAAGGUGACGCAGAAAAGCUUCAACUUUGCCCGGAAGUUCAAUUUGCCCUUUUACUUUGUGUCUGCUGCAGAUGGCACCAACGUAGUGAAGCUCUUCAACGAUGCUAUCAAACUGGCAGUUGCUUACAAACAGAAUUCCGGCGAUUUCAUGGAUGAGGUCAUGCGAGAGCUGGAGAGCUUUGACCUGCAGAAGAAGAGUGAGGACUUGUCGGAAGAGGAGGAGAGCUGCCCUGAGGAGAAGCCCCCAUCUGCCUAAAGCCUUGGAUCCCGAGUUUGUUGUUUCCCAUUUCCCUGGAUUUCUGGGGUUAGUUAGAGCUGGCCUUCACAGAGGAAAGUGAUUUUCUCAUGCACUCAGUACUCUGGUGGUGGACAGCUGGGCCUUUCCCCUUCCUGUGAGUGACUGUCUGGGCAUGGCCUUCCUUGACUGGGCCCUAACCCCCUGCCACACCGUGGUCGAGGAGAAGGCAAGAACAUCCACGUGGUUGCUGGCUGCUGCAUGUUCCUUAGAGGCUGAGCUUGCUGGGAGAGCUGAGCCACUCUUGGAUCUGCAGGGAAGGGUCCUGCCCAGAUGCUUUAAUAGUACUUACUGGAGAAAACAAACACUAAAGAGGUUUUUAUAGAG